UGAAAUAGUCGGGACUAGUCGACAAUAUACAUACAAGUCGAAGAUCUCAGAUAUAUAUAUAUAUAUAUAGAGAGAGAGAGAGAGAGAGAGAGAGGUUGCUUGAAGCUUCUUCUGCAGGAAGGCAAUGUCCUCUACUUGAGAUACGAAUCCGCUAUUUGAGUUUGCUUCUGAGGUCUCUGUCUUUCAGUUGAGAGGAGCCACUGGAAUCAAUCUACUAGGUCCCUGACCAUCUGUUGAUGCUGCAUGUGAUGGAAGAUAAUAACCAACACUGAAUCACAAAAUGGAGAAGGCCAUUAAAAAUAGCACCAUGGAACGGUAUGCCAAGCUCAUGAGGGGCACUUGGUGCAGUCAGUUCUAUAGUGGCUCCAAUCCUUGGAUGGCCAGAUAUGUUUAUAGCUUUAUCUUUCUCAUUGCGACUUUGCUUGCAUGGGCUGUUCGGGAUUAUGGCCAUAAUGCUUUGACAACAAUGAAAAGACUAAAAGGAUGUGAAGCUGGCAAAGAAUGCUUGGGUACAGAAGGAGUUCUGAGAGUGAGCUUAGGAUGUUCUAUAUUCUAUUUUGUGAUGUUUUUUUCUACAGCAGGUACCUCAAAGUUGUGUGAAGCUAGAGAACUGUGGCAUUCUGGAUGGUGGUCUGCCAAGAUUGUCCUGUUGUUUGGGCUUACAGUGCUUCCCUUUUUUGUUCCCUCUGCUGUUAUUCGGGUUUAUGGAGAGGUAGCACAUUUUGGCGCAGGGGUCUUCCUACUAAUUCAGCUAAUAAGCAUAAUCAGUUUCAUUACAUGGCUAAACGAUAGUUGGCAAUCUGAAAAAUGUGCAGUUAGAUGCCAUAUCCAUGUGAUGCUACUUGCAACUACGGCAUAUAUAGUAUGCAUAUUGGGGAUCAUUUUGAUGUACAUUUGGUAUGCCCCAGACUCGUCAUGCCUUCUUAAUAUUUUUUUCAUCACCUGGACACUUGUACUCCUCCAACUCAUGACCAGUGCCUCUCUCCACCCAAAAGUAAGUUCAAUCUUUAGUGUAACUUCUAGUGCAUUGAUAAUGUCCAGUAAAAUCUGUACUUGUGCAUUUUGCCUGAAACAGGUGAAUGCUGGCUUCUUAACUCCAGGAUUAAUGGGACUUUAUGUGGUUUUCCUUUGUUGGUGUGCCAUUAGAAGUGAACCACCAGAAACAAAAUGCAUCAAGAAAGCAGAAGCUGGAAACAAGGAGGACUGGCUCAACAUCAUAAGCUUUGUUGUUGCGGUACUUACAAUCGUUUUUGCAACAUUUUCAACAGGCAUUGAUUCCAAAUGCUUUCAGCUCAAGAAGGAUGAGACAGAGGCCGAAGAUGACGUGCCAUAUGGUUUUGGCUUCUUCCAUUUCGUUUUUGCCACUGGAGCCAUGUAUUUUGCUAUGCUAUUGGUUAGUUGGAAUCCUCAUCAUACCAUGAGAAGGUGGACAAUUGAUGUUGGUUGGACCAGUACUUGGGUCAGAAUAGUGAAUGAAUGGCUGGCAGCAAGUCUUUAUAUAUGGAUGCUGGUAGGGCCAGUUCUAUGGAAAAGCCGGGAAACAGCUGAGUCGGUUUAAUGCAGUUCUUGAACAAUUCUUUUCCCAGCUCCAAAGAUAGCUCCACUUUUCCUCUGCAUCAGCCGAUUUGGAGACGAAGCAGCACACUUCGUCGAAUACUUUGAUGAGGACUAUAUUGCACAAAUUUGAUUUGUUCCAUUUACAAGUAGAUGGACAUUUCUGUUCUCGGUCUUGCAACGCUACUAGAUUCGUUCACAAUCCUAGGGCUUGAAAUACAAGAUUAUGUUCAAGCGUCCUACAA